AUGAUGCCGCCAAAUCGAAACUUCCAGCCGGCGAGCUCAUCUCCGUUGGCGAUGGCACUCAAGCCACUGGCGCCGCAAAAGGCCCCUGAAGGCGUCGCUCUGCUCGAGCCGGUGCCACUGUCGCCAUCGCCUGUCCUGGAAGAAUCUGACGAGUUUUCCAUCAACUAUAACGAGGCUCCUGUCGACGAGGACGACUAUGACGAGCUACAUGGCUCCAAGGCUGUCCCAUCAACUCUCUUGAAUAAGCUUGCAACAUUUCCAUUGUUUAAAGACGCCCCCAAGUCCUUCCAUGCGAAGGUAGCUGCCAAGUUGAAACUCGUCCAAUACCAUCCACAAGAAUACAUCAUCAAAGAAGGAGACUCGGCUCUAUCCAUGUACUGGAUCCUAAAGGGAACGGUAAGCGUCACCUCCACUGAUGGCGAAUCCGUUUAUGCCGAGUUAGCUCCAGGUGCAUUCUUCGGAGAAAUCGGCAUUCUAUUCAACAGACCUAGAACAGCCACCGUAGUGGCUCGCCUGCGUGUGUUGGUGGGCGUGCUUACCGCAGAUGCCCUUAACAUCGUGCUUCGUCUGUAUCCGCUCAUAGAGCGUAGAAUUCGAGAUGAAGCCCAGGAAAGAUUGGCCAUGCAAGAAAAGAAAAAUAGGGCCGAAAUCCCAAUCUUGAAGCCAAGCAAGUCGCCGGUACCCAGCAUGCAACCACUCCUCCACGCCCUGCGUGCUCCAUUAACGCCUACGUCUCAAGUUCCGCUGCCUUUAUCUCAAUUAGUGCAUGCUUCCCAAAAAUCCAGCACUCUGGCUGUGCUGAUGACCCUGGCAGACAACGUGGACCAGACUGUGUCCAUCCAGGAAUUUAUCAAGUCUGUUCCCAUGUUCAGCAACCUCCCCUCGCAUAUUAUCCAUAGACUAGCAUUGGGUGUCGAGCCAAUUAACUACAAACCCUUUGAGUAUAUUUUCCAUAAGGGCGAUAUCGGCACUGGUAUUUAUUUCGUCACCCACGGCGAGGUUGAGGUUGUGGACUACUCAGGUCCUACAAAUAAUAUUGAAAAGGUAUUGGCUCGUCUCAAAUGUGGCUCUUAUUUUGGUGAAAUGUCUUUCUUGGACAGCAUCAAUGGAAAGUCCAUGGAGAGAAGUGCAAGUAUCCGUUCUGUGACCUCCGUCGAGCUAAUCGUGAUCCACAAUGACCAGCUUGAAACUGUCUGUCUCCAAUACCCAAACGUGGCCGAUGAGAUUCUUCGAACGGCCAAUGAAAGAAAGAAUUCGAACCAGUCCGCUCAACGAUCUGAGCCUUCUCAUUUCCCACUCAAUUACUCCAUGCAUGGCUUAGAACCCAGAAAUAUUCCAUCCCCCUCCCGUUCGCCGUUGCUGGCCACUGAACAGGCCGAAUCGACCAUUUCAGAUAAGCCCCAACCAAUGCCAGUCAUUGCUCCACAGCCUGUUUUGUUCAAUCCAAAAUGGUCCUUCGGUGGCUUUGACUCGCUGUCCCAAGUCAGAGAAAGGAAUACAAGUCCGUCUUCCAUCACCUCCUCGAAGGAAAGCGAUCUUCUCUCCAGCAACACUUCAAUAACUUCUAGGGGUGAUGAUUUCAACAGCAACUACCGCAAGAGAAAGUCCAUGUGUGCUUCUCCAUCUCCAGUUCUCCCAACGGGCCCGUUGGACUUUUCUGUGCCACCCAUGAAUAGUAUUGUCCCACUUAAUGUUUUCCAGCCUCCUCUUUCCAAGUCUCAGUCGUUUCAGUACAUGCCUCACAACAAGAGAAUUAAACUAGCAGCAUUGGCAGGAAGAAGACGUUCAUCGGUGUUGAUCAGUACUGGAUCGAUUCCUGAUAAGAUUCUCUUGAAAGUCUUUGAAUACCUUUCACUUCCGGAGCUUAUGAAGCUUAGAAUCGUGAGCAGACGUUGGAGACAAUUGUUGUACAUUGCUCCAAAUCUUUUCCAGACUCUAGACUUAACUCCGUGGAAUACUAGUGUUAAUGAUGCUGCUCUCAUUUCUAUUACCGACCUUGUGGGGUCGAGGCCGCAAUAUAUUGACAUUUCGAACUGUUUCCACAUUACUGAUGAAGGUUUCAGUUACAUGGUCAACGAGAUUGGUAUGUCUGGAAACAUCAAGACUUUGAAGAUGAAAUCCAUUUGGGAAUUGAGUGCCAUGGCAAUCAUGGACUUGACUUCUCCUUCUGUUGGAAAACAUCUCGAGGAAGUGGACCUUUCCAACUGCCGCAAAGUUAAAGAUAAUGUUGUUGAGCGGCUUAUUGGAUGGACUAACGAGGGACUGCAAAAUGGAUUCCAGCUCUCCAACACAGAUCCCACUUACCACAAUGUCACAGGUUCUAAGAACUUAAAGAUCUUGAAUUUGGGUUACUGCAAACAUUUAACAGAUAAUGUGAUGUAUCACAUUUCUUUACACGCCAACGAGAGAUUGGAAAGUUUAGACUUGACUCGUUGCACUACAAUCACAGACACUGGUUUCCAGUAUUGGACGUACAGAAAUUUUCCCAACUUGAAGAAGUUGUCAUUAAAAGACUGCACUUUCUUGUCAGAUAAGGCCAUCAUUUCGCUUGCAAAUGCUGCACCCAACUUGGAGAUUCUCGAUUUGAAUUUCUGUUGCGCUCUCCUGGACAUUGCUAUUGAGGUUUUGUGUUUAGGAUGUCAGAAAUUGCGUGAAUUGGAUUUGUCAUUCUGUGGCUCUGCUGUUAGUGACUCGUCAUUAGUGGCCAUUUCGUUGCACAUGAUCAACUUGGAAAAGUUGGUUGUAAAAGGAUGUGUGCGUGUUACAAGAGCAGGUGUUGAUGCACUAUUAAGUGGGUACUCUCCUUUGAACUACAUCAACAUCAGCCAGUGUCGCAACGCACACAUGUACCCGGGAAAUAUUCCAGCUCAAAAGUUUCAAAUCAAUCCAGCUACAAAAUCUGCAUUCAUUUCAGCUGGGCCGACACAAAAGAUCAUUGAGAUUGUACUUUAG